AUGCCCAACCUGAGGUCGAUCCCUCUGUUUGGCCGUCACGUCAGGCUGGGCGAUGUGGCGCAGCAGCUGGCUUGGCACCAAUACGACUUCAUUUUCUUCACAAUCGUCUCAUUGACAGCCUUCAUAUGGGCCAUCACGGUCCUCGCAAGGGCCGCCUCGGGGACUCUGCAGGGUGGUAGCUUCUUGGUGGCCAUUUGCAGUGCGUACAUCGCUCUCGCAGGCUGGACCGUGCUCAGGCUGGCGACCGCAAUGCACAAGCGUUCUGUCGCGCUGAGGCACCUACCAGGGCCGAAAUACCCCUUCCUGCUGGGCUUCAUGGAGCUCGUUGAGCGCAAGGACGUCCACAGAUAUGCAACGGAGCUAGCAGAGCAGUUUGGCCCCAUCUUCAAGUUCCGCAUCAUGUGCUUCCAUGUCGUCUGCAUUACCGACCCUGUUCUAGCAACGCAAGUCCUGCGCAGCAAAGUGGUGGACAAAUUGCGCUUCCAAUACUCUUUCCUGGACCCGUUUCUGGGGGGCACCAACAUGCUGACUGGACACACUGACGACCACUGGAAGGCCGUGCGCAAGGCAGUGGCCCCAGCAUUCAGCGCUGGCAACAUGAGGUUCGCGCUGGCGCAUGUGAUAGAGGCCAGCAUGAGCCUUGUGAAGUACUUGAAGGAGUCCGGCUACCAAAAGGUGCACAACGUUGACAACCUGCUCCUGCGCGAAUCCAUGGACGUCAUUGGGCGGUUUGGGUUCCAGAGGGAGAUGAACGCGCUCAGCAGCCUUCACAGCGGCCGUAGCGAGGACAGCGACAACGUGAAUGCACUGCUGGGCAGCACGCAUGAGAUUGAGAAGCGCCUGCCGGAGGUCAACCGCUGGCUGAAACUGUGGAAGAAGGACGUGCGCGAAGGCUGGGCCGUGCUGGGCCGAUUCAAGACCAUCAUCUGGCAGUUGCUGGACCACAUCAAGGCCGGGCAGCCCAAGCCGGGCAGCUUCGCAGACCUUCUCCUCAAGGCCAAGGACCCCAAGACCGGCAAGCGGCUGUCCGAUGAAAAGAUGUUCCCGGAGAUGGCCGCGCUGUUCUUUGCAGGCAUCGACACAACCGGCCACACCGGCACCUUCGUCCUGUAUCUCAUUUCCCAGCACCCAGAGGUGGAGGCCGGGAUAAUGGAAGAGCUGGAUUCUCUGGAGCUGACCAUCACUCCCGAGCGGCCCAACCCGCGGCCGAUGGUCUACGGCGACCUGUCUAAGAUGGUGUACCUCAACGCCGUCAUCAAGGAGGCGCUGCGCAUGUACCCGCCGGUGUCGAUAGGGCAGGUGCGCGUCAGCAACACCCAUGACAUCACCCUGGGAGGCCGGCUGCACAUUCCAGCCGGCACGGCCAUCUGGGUUCCCCACCACGCCAUGCAGAAUGUGUCCUACAACUGGGACGAGCCCGAGAAAUUCAAGCCAGAGCGGUGGCUGACUCCCGGGACGGAGUACGCGGUGCCGGAGAAGCUGCCUCUGCCGCGCGAGUGGUACAAGGAGUGGGAGGAGGGAACGCACACUGGCGCCACGCGCGGCCUCACCGACGCCGACAUCAACGAGGGUGACAGCAUGCGGCCCAAGCGCUAUUUCCCCUUUGCGGAGGGGCCGCGAAACUGCGUGGGCCAGAACCUGGCCAAGGUGAGCCUGCUGGGCACGAUGGCGACGCUCAUGCAGCACUUCACCUUCCGCCUCGCCGACGAGAUGGGAGGCCCGAAGGGAGUAAGGGAGACAGAGCAUUACACUCUAGUGGUGGGUCUGGCAAAGGGCAUGCUCAUGCAUGCAGUGCCCCGCGAAGCCGCCCGCAAGGAGGAGUAG